AUGGCUUCCAUGGCGGACAUCGGCCUCGAGGCCGACCCUUAUCAGGCCGAUCUGAACAACACGAUGCAGUGCAACGACUGUGGCGUGCCCACCUUGCUCCAGGAGGAGGUUUCAUCCGGCGACAUAGUGUGCACCGAAUGUGGCCUAGUCGUUGGCGCACGUAUAGUAGACAUGGGCAGCGAGUGGCGUACGUUUGCCAAUGAUGAGGCUGGCGAUGACCCCUCGCGUGUCGGUGAUGCUGGCAACGAGAUCUACGGCCCCAGCGCCCUCGAGACCAAGGUCGACAUGCGCCGCGACCAGGGUGCUUCGUAUAAGAUUAUGAAGUCGCUCAAUGCGGCCAACAAGAAGAUCCAAAACGAAAAGGGACAAGCUGCCAUCAACGCCGGUAUGGCAAAGAUCAAGGACUUGGUCGACAAGAUUCACGGCGGUGGCAACGUCAUCAAACAGGCACAAUCGCUAUUCCGCGAGGUCGAGGAGGCCAAGGCCCUCAAGGGCAAGUCGGCCGAUGCCGCAGUUGCGGGCUGCAUCUUCAUUGCGUGUCGAAUGGAAAAGGUUCCCCGCACAUUCAGGGAGAUCCACGCACUCACCAACGUCUCCAAAAAGGAGAUUGGAAGGACAUACAAGGCUCUUGAAGAGUACGUCAAGAAGGUCAACUACGAGAACCGGGGCGGCGCCGCAGCUGUUGACCACAAGAUGCCCACGGCCGACGAUGAUGACGAUGACAUGGCCACCAAGGGAACCACAGCCGAGUCUCUGUGCACACGCUACUGCUCUAUUCUCGGAUUCCGCGUCUCUCACUUGGCGGAGCGUGUGGCCAUGCAUUUGGCUCGCAAAUCGUCGUCUGUUGCUGACCUGGCCGGCCGCUCGCCGCUGUCAGUCGCCGCCGCCUGUAUCUACAUGAUGUCUCACCUGAUUGGCGAGCCGCGCACGUCCAAGGAUAUUGCCGUUGUGGCGGGCGUCAGCGACGGCACGAUCAAGACGGCAUACAAGUUCCUGCUUGCCGCCAAGGAUGAGCUCUGCAGAGACGGCGAGUUCGACCCAGCCACCAAGCAGCGUCGCGAGGGUCUCAACCUCCCGGCCUCAUGCCCGGGUCACAAGGCCUUGCCAUCGGUCUAG